AUCAAUUGACUGCUCUGCUUUGUUUAAGAGUGUUUGGGCUGUUUAUCCUACAAUUUCGCGACCAUGUCUAGCAUUAAACGCCUUGUGGCGCUGGGUUCCAUCGUCCUCCUUGCCCUCUUCCUGCUUGUGUCCAGGGCUGAGGCUAAGGGACCAAAGGUCACCAACAAGGUGUAUUUCGAUAUCGAGCAUGGGGAUAAGCCUAUGGGAAGAAUAGUUCUGGGGCUCUACGGCAAGACCGUUCCCAAGACCGCUGAGAACUUCCGCGCAUUGGCAACCGGUGAGAAGGGCUUUGGAUACGAAGGCUCUACCUUCCACCGUGUCAUCAAGGACUUUAUGAUUCAGGGUGGUGACUUCACCAACCACGAUGGCACUGGCGGAAAAUCCAUCUAUGGCCAAAAGUUCCCCGAUGAGAACUUCAAGCUCCGACACACCAAGAAGGGCCUUUUGAGUAUGGCCAACGCUGGUCCCGACACCAAUGGAUCCCAAUUCUUCAUUACCACUGCAGUCACAAGCUGGCUUGAUGGUCGUCAUGUUGUUUUUGGCGAAGUCCUUGAGGGCUACGAUGUUGUUGAUUCCAUCCAAAACGUGUCUAAGGGAUAUGGAGACAAGCCCGAGACGGAUGUCAAGAUCGCCAAAAGUGGAGAGCUACCAGUGGAACCGGAAGGUAGUGACAAAGAGCUUUAGAUUAAUAACUCCUGAGUCUUUCUGAACACCUGGCCUCUCUAUCUUCUUUCAUUUGGCGCCAGGAGUCGCUGAUAGCUCACCUGUCCAAAAAAAAGGCGACCGGGGUCGAUUUCGCACUUACUUUGAAACUCCGAUGUAUAAUCCUCCUCAGCGGCAUUAAGACAUCAGUCAAUCCACAGGGUUCCUUAUUUCCCCGACCUUCGAAUAAUGGAUUCAGACCUUUCCUUCUCAGAAAUUCCAUAUGAGGUUUGGGAUACGUCUAUCCGUGUGGGUAAGUGGUUAAUGUAUAUAGAUAGGUACAUCUAUAGGAGACAAAUUAUAACGCUUGCAACAUGCAUAUAC